UGAUCUUCCUCUACUCCCAAGCUCCACGUCCUUCGCCAUCUGCCAUUAUUGUCAUACUAAUCUCUUGAUUCUGCUCUUCGUCGAGACAAACCAUGGUGCGCCUUCAGUACCUCGCACUCUCGGUGCCUCUAUUGGUAUCGACCACAUGGGCACAAUCCUGCUCCGAUUCGUACCUAAACCUCUCAUCCAUGGCAGGUUUCUUCCUACAGGAUGACCCUGCAACCAAUCCAUCGACGUUCGACUAUGCAGAACACAACUUCGGCAUCAUUGAUCGCACGUACCCGUCGGAUGAACUGCUCAGCAAGUGCGGCGAGAAGACGCUGUGGCAGCGGUUUGUCUUCCAUGUGAAGCAGUUAAACAAGAAGGCUCCCACGGGCACGUCCUAUAAGGUGCUUUUCCUGGGUCGCCAUGGUGAAGGGUAUCACAACGCCGCCGAAAGUUUCUACGGAACUCCGGCAUGGAACUGCUACUGGUCCGAGCUCGACGGCAACGGCACCGCCAUCUUCGCCGACGCCCACCUGACCCCCAAAGGCGAGGCCGAGGCCUUCCGAGCCAACGCGUUCUGGGCGUCUCAGAUCGCCAACGAGAAACAGCCCCCGCCGCAGAGCUACUACGUGUCCCCGCUGACCCGGGCCAUGGACACGGCCAACCUGACCUUCUCGACGCUGUCCCUGCCGGCGGACCGCCCCUUCCGCCCCACGGUCAAGGAGCUGUUCCGCGAGGGCGUCAGCAUCCACACCUGCGACCGCCGGAGCAGCCGGACGUACAUCCACGGCCGGUUCCCGGACUGGACCAUCGAGGCGGGCUUCGCGGAGACCGACCCGCUGUGGAACGGCACGUACUCGGAGUCGUCUGACGCCGAGGACGUGCGCAGCCGGACGGCCCUGAACGAGGUGUUUGAGAGCGAUGAGGGGCAGCUGAUCAGCGUCACGGCACACAGCGGAGAGAUCGCGAGCCUAUUGCGGGUCCUGGGUCACCGGGCAUUUUCGUUGAGCACGGGACAGAUUAUCGUGACGCUUGUGAAGGCCGAGAUUGUUCGAGCGGAUCCGUUCCCUUCGACUACGGAGCCGUGGCGGUUCGAAGCUACGUGCACGGCGCCGCCGGUGACGAGUCUUGCGACGGGUGGUUGUGUGUGUUCUAGCACGGCAGCGAUUGCGAGGCCAACUGCGAUUUAGGGGGGAAGAUGUGAGGAUACAGGUUCUAUUAAUUCCUAAUGCAUGGUAGUAGUUGCGUAACUGUUAUUGAUGAUCAAAAUUGGCC